AUGUUUCCCAGCUCCUUUGUUGCUCUUCCAGAAGAUGGCUGCUCGCCAGGCACAACGUUCUACUCCUGUGUUGCCAACAAAUUUAGAGGAUGUUGCUCCACGGAUCCCUGCGCCCUGCACUCUUGCCCAGACACCUUUGGAUCACUGAAAGAUCCCAAAGACGACGGCAAAGAUGAUGAUAGUUUGACAACCUCGGAGCCGAACUCUGACGAGGCGACGUCAACUCCAACUGAAGUUGACCAGAACCAGCAGGUAACAGAGACGACUUCGUCAACCACGAAGAAAUCUUCUGUAGUCAUGACGGACUCUGGCAUCACUCAUACGAUCCCAAACAACUCGAUAGUCACAAUCACCAGGCACACAACCAUCACUACAGGCAGGCCAUCAACGUCCACCUCAGACCUCGUAGAUACCGCAUCGACGAGAAGCGGCACGCCAAUCACAGCAUCAACCACAGCAACAUUCACGGGAGUGCCACCAUCCUCACCCGCUAAUGACAACAGCACAGCAAGCCCCUCUGGGGCUCCAGGCGCAAGUCCUCUAUCAACAGGAGCCAUUGUUGGAAUAGCUGUCGGCGGUGCUGUUCUCAUCGCCAUUGCCGUGGUCCUGAUGCUCGCGCUGGCACGCCACAAGAAGCGUCGCGGGUCCGAAACCGACUCUGUUCUCCGCCAUGAUAACGGCCGAGAUGACGCCGUCGACGAGAAGCACUUCCCCCAUAAUGGACCGACUCACGCCGACGGCACUCAAGGAAGCAGUGAUCCCUUUGCCCCCUUUGGAGGUCGAGCAGAUCAGCCCGAAGAUCCUUAUCGACCAGCUAGUGGUGCUUUCGAAAUGGAUGGAAGCAGCGCCGCCCCGGUCGAGUUACCUGCUGUGAGCGCGUCGGACCUAGACAAGGCUGAUCGCAAGGCAUCUCGUCUCGAGCCCGUUCAAGAGGUCAACUCUACGGACCCCCGUGCUAACCUCACUUCGGUACCGACAGACGAUGGCCAGCCGGUCAUGGAUGUCAUUUGGCAUAUUCUGACGAUGAAGUCCGACGUUGAUACAGCUAUGCUUUGA